AUGCGCGGUCACGAGGAAUCCGCGUGCACGGUGUGUCGGCUGCUGCACGCUGCAGGCAACCAGCUGCAAACGGAGGAACAGCGAAUCCCUACCAUCCUACUCCUCUUCUCCGUGGUUACACCCGCUCUGUCCAUUCAUAUGGAGUCCAUAGAGAGCCACAGUGAGUUUAGCUGUGAGCCCAUCAGACUGAGAAUGUGCCAGGAUCUGCCUUACAACACCACCUUUAUGCCCAAUCUACUGAAUCACUAUGACCAGCAGACGGCUGCACUGGCCAUGGAGCCUUUUCAUCCCAUUGUGAACCUGGUUUGCAGUGCGGACCUGAGGAUGUUCCUGUGUGCUCUGUACGCUCCGGUGUGCACUGUGUACGGCCAGGUGUCCAUGCCAUGUCGAUCCCUCUGCCAGCAGGCCAGGGAUGAAUGCCACAAACUCAUGGAGGUAUUUGGAUUAGCCUGGCCAGAUGACAUGGAGUGUAGCAGGUUCCCAGAUUGUGAUGAGCCCUAUCCUCGUCCAGAGGACAUGCUAACAGGCAUGGAUCCUACGGACCAGUCAUCCCUGACUGUCCAGAGAGAUUACGGUUUCUGGUGCCCCAGAGAGCUCAAGGUCGACCCAGACCUGGGUUACACUUUCAUGGCCAAAAAGGACUGUUCUGCCCCGUGUCCCUCAAUGUUUUUCAACAAGCAGGAGCUGACUUUUAUCCGCUACUUCAUCGGAGUCGUCUCCAUUGUCUGUCUGUCCGCAACGCUCUUCACCUUCCUGACGUUUCUCAUCGAUGUUACAAGGUUUCGAUACCCUGAGCGGCCAAUAAUCUUCUACGCUGUGUGUUAUGUGAUGGUGUCACUGGUCUUCUUUCUGGGGUUCCUGUUGGAAGACAGGGUAGCGUGCAAUGCAGUCAGCCCUUCCCAGUUUAGAGCUUCAACCAUAACACAGGGCUCACACAACAAGGUAUGCACCCUGUUCUUUAUGGUCCUAUAUUUCUUCACCAUGGCCGGCAGCGUAUGGUGGGUCAUACUGACAAUCACUUGGUUCCUGGCCGCUGUGCCUAAAUGGGGCAGCGAGGCCAUUGAGAAGAAAGCCCUGCUCUUCCAUGCUGUUGCCUGGGGGGUCCCAGGGGCCCUGACUGUCACCCUGUUGGCCUUGAACAAAAUUGAAGGAGAUGGGAUCAGUGGAGUGUGUUUCAUAGGGCUGUAUGACAUGGACGCCCUGAGGUGGUUUGUUCUGGCACCGCUCUGCCUCAACGUGGCGGUGGGUGUCUCUCUGCUGUUAGUCGGGAUUGUGGCUCUGAAUCGGGUGCGCAUGGAGAUCCCUCUGGAGAAGGAGAACCAGACCAAAUUAGUCAAGUUCAUGAUCCGAAUGGCAGUGUUCUCUGUUCUCUACCUGGUUCCCUUGUUGACUGUGAUUGGGUGCUACCUGUACGAACACACCUACCGCAACAUUUGGGAGACAACAUGGAUGGAGGAGAACUGCAGGCGCUAUCACAUCCCCUGCCCAUACAAGGUGGAGCAGACUAGCCGGCCAGCCAUGGUUUUGUUCCUAAUUAAAUAUCUGAUGAUGCUGGUGGUGGGGAUCCCCUCUGUGUUCUGGGUGGGCAGCAAGAAGACCUGUUUUGAAUGGGCCAACUUCCUGCAUGGACGCAGACGCAAAGAUAGUGGGGUGAAUGAAUCUCGCCAGGUGCUACAGGAGCAGCCAGACUUUGCCCAAUCUCUGCUGCGUGAACCAAACACCCCCAUCGCUAGGAAGUCCAGAGGAACAUCCACUCAGGGCACGUCCACCCACGCCUCUUCCACCCACCUGGCUGUCAUAGACGACCUUGAUGAACCAAUUAGAACUCACCAUGGAAACCCCACGUCCACCAGGAGCAAGGCCAGCAGUGUCCACAGCAAG